AUGUCCAAGCACAAGGUGGGGGCUUUAAUAGUGGUGGAGAAGGAGAUGAGUCUGGACAACUAUAUAUCCCUGGGAUAUAACCUCCAGGCAAAACUCACUGCCGAAUUACUGAUAGCAAUCUUCUCCAACAAACACUCCUCUCUUCAUGAUGGGGGGAUUGUAGUUAGGAAACUGGACAUAGUCUCUCUCUCCAGCUACUUCCCCAUCACCCAAACAAAACUAACCACCAACCUGGGUGCCAGACACAGGGCGGCAGCAGGAUUAACCGAGAGUACGGAUUCCGUAGCUUUUGUGGUGUCCGAGACCAACGGCCAUAUCUCAUAUAGCGUGCAGGGAAAAAUCAUAGAAAUGGAUCACGAAAAUCAGGAAAGCCUUAUGGACAAGAUUUUCGAACUACUGCAUUUUUACAUAGAUUAA